CAGUUUUAAACACAGCUCAGUUGGCAAAGUAUUACCGGACCUUCAGUAACCUUAUUUAAAUUGCUGGUCAGCCACUCAUUUUUGAGAAAAGCCCUGUAAGAGAAGUUUAUUUAGACAAAAAGAACUGUGUUCAGUUCAAGGAAGUGACAGCUGAGAUGGCACCUUUGCUGUUUAAAGAUGCUUUCUGGGGGUCUGAUUUCACUUGCCACGCUGGGUACGAUGCUGUGAUCCAAAGGUUACGAGACGGAAGGCAAAUGUGCAAAGAUGUGGAGGAGCUCUUAAAGUUGAGGGCACUAGCCGAGGAGAGGUAUGGGAAGGAACUGGUGGCUAUUGCUCGCAAAGCUGGAGGCUACACAGAGAUCAGUACCCUGAGAUCAUCCUUCGACCGGUUAAAAACACAAAUUGAGACCAUCGGGGACUUUCACAUCCAACUGUCUGAUAUAUUGAAAGAGGAGGUGAAAAAGAUUGAGACAUUCAGAGAACGUCAGAAAGAGCAGAGGAAGAAGUUUGAAAGCAUCAUGGAGAAGGUUCAGAAGAAAAAGGUUUCUUUGUUCAAGAAGACCAUGGAGUUUAAGAAGAACUAUGAGCUGAGAUGCAAGGAGGCCGAUGAGGCAGAGCAGGGGGCCGAGAAGGCCACUGUAACAUCCAAAAACUCAGAAAAGGUACGCCACAGGGCCAAGCAAUGCAGACAGACAGCCAAUGAAGCAGAGAAGCUGUACUCCACCAGUGUCAUUCAGCUAGAAAGUGUUCGCCAGGACUGGGAGGAAACACAUAAAAGCACAUGUGAGGUGUUCCAGCAGCUGGAGGGAGAUCGCAUCAGCUUUCUCAGGUGUGCUCUCUGGGACCACUGCAAUCAUUUCUCCACGCAGUGUGUCAAAGAUGAUGAGUCUUACGAGGAGGUGAGGAAGAUUCUGGAGAAGUGCGACAUCACAACAGACAACAACAGCUUCAUAGAGAAGAAAAGCACGGGAUCGAGGCCUCCAGAGCCCAUAGUGUUUGAGAGCUACUACCCGGCAAAUUUGUCCAGAGAAAGCAAUGGCCAAGCUCUUUUCACAGGAGGAGAAGACAUGAUGAGGAGGUGCACCGGCUCCCUUAUCGGAAGCUCUGUGAACAUCAACAAUGACAGUCCUCAAAACUCACAGCCAGCACUGACAUAUGUUGGUGAGUUUAAGAAUACAGAUGGAGGAAAUGCACCCCUGUCAGACCCGCAGCAAGACACAUCAUUGGCCACGUUCACAGCUGAUGAAGACUGCUACAUCGUGCUUUAUGUGUACAAUGCACAGGAAGAGGAUGAACUGUCUGUGAGCAGAGGGGAUGUGGUGAGAGUGUUGGAACGAGGAGAAGAUGGUUGGUGGUUCGUGGAGCUGAACGGGGUUACUGGACUAGUGCCGGGAAACUAUCUGGGCAAACUCUGAGCACACACACAAAUAAAAUACAAAAAAAUACAGACAAAUACACACAACGCACACAAAGCCACGCAACCAAAACACAAAACAUAUGCCUCAUGUGUCAAAUUUGCAAAAUCA